UUUUCGGGUCAAAAAACGUUUUAUUGAAAACCGAGGAAACACCUUUUUUCUUUAUAAUUUCUGAAACAUUCAUAUCAGUUCUAGCCUAUAUUUUAAACUGUAGAAUGGGGAGAUAACUGCUGCUGUUGGACUGAUUACACAGUGACUUAGAUAAGAGUACUAGUGCACAGUGACUUAGUAUGCAGACGGUUAGGCACAAUAUACCGUUUGGUCGUCAUUUUCUGCAAAUAUGGUAUCUGCAUUUCUAGUUGUGUUGGUUUUAACGGUAUAUAUUCACGGCCAAGAGGUCAAUGGCAGUCCAAACGCCUUUGAUACCACUGUUAAGUCAUUAUUUGACAAAAACUUUCAAAACUUCGAGGCAUUCGAUGUUUCUACGCUAAGACACGGUGAUCAUGAACAAUCCAAACGAUCCGAUCUCCACGAGUUUCGGAGAAGUGUCUCCAAGAUGUCAAAUCUUGCUUUCGCUGCAUUUGGGAAAGACUAUAAAAUGAGGAUUUUCAAACCCAAACCAGUUUUACAUCCUGAUAUCAAAAUAGAAACGAUAGACAAAGACCACGCCCGACGCUGGGAUAAGGCUGUGCCCGACUGUUUCUCUGUCGGGACAGUAGGCGAGGAUUGGACAUCAAACGAAGGCCAUGUUUCUCUCUCACACUGCGACGGACUGGAAGGCAGAUUCAGCACAAAAGACGGCGAUUUCCAUAUCAAAGAGAUCCCACAAGGCUACAAUAGACGUCUCAAUUUCUCAGAUGACGAGACAGUACUUGUAGUUGCGAAAGAAAAAGGGCUGGGGAAGAAUACAAAAUUAGAAAAUGAUGACAACAAUUCGGUACUUAAUGACUACAUGCGAACACUGACGUCACAACAUAAGCGGACCACGCCCCACAGGAUGGUCAUGGUUGAGCUAGCCGUGUACACCGACAGCCUGUACACCAAGCUUAUCCCGGCCAAGGACAUGGCUAAAAGGAUUGAACUGAUGAUCCUGAAGUAUAAUGGGGUUCAGAUGGAAUGGUCCCGCUCCAACAUCCUCGGUUAUGACGUCCACUUUCAAAUCAAAUACAUUGGGUUUUUCGAAACAAAUCCGUCUUUCUAUAACAUGUCCUCUGUUCUAAGUGAAUCGCUCAGUACGUUCUGUACCGGGAUGAGGAACAACCCAAUACCAUACGACCUCAUCUUCCUUCAUACGGGAAUGCAUACUGACGUCACCGGAAGAGCCUUCCAGUCCAGCGCCUGCAAUCACCUCUACCGGUGUGCUGUGGAAAGUUCCGGGUCUAUAUUUGAAUACAAGUCAACUGCUCACGAAAUAGGACAUAGUCUUGGAAUGUAUCACGACAGCACUAGAGGGUGUACCGGAAGUGACGUUGGUUUAAUGGGAGGAUAUGGAGCAGGAUGGAGUUCAUGUAGUGUCAAUGAUCUAAAUGUAUUUUUACAAAGCAGUAAUGCUCGUUGCCUGUUCGAGGAGAAUGUUGCUGUGCGUGGAAAUGUACACUAUGAUCCUCUCAAACCUAAAUUAAUUGGGCAGGAGUACAGUUUAGACGAGGUUUGUGAGAAGUUGUAUGGACCUAAUUUCCGUUUCCGCAGAUUUCCAUAUCUUGGAAACUGUGAACAGUACAGUUGCAGUAAUUUGAACGAGGGUCCGCUGUUUGGUCAGAUAUUUACCCAGUGGAGGGAGAUCCCGGGCUCUUACUGCGGGAAUGGAAAGAUCUGUUUCAACCAGAAGUGCGUUACAUUUGCUGAAGCUCGUCAAACCCCCGCUGUGGUCAGGCCUGGGGGUUGGGGUCCGUGGACGGACUGGUACCCCUGUUCUAGAAGCUGUGGGACGGGGCUGACCUACAGAAGAAGAACGUGUAACAAUCCGAGUCCUCUGAACAGUGAAGGAUGCGAUGGCGGUAACGAUGAAGGUUACGAAGCGAGGACCUGUAAUAAGCAGCCUUGCCCAGGUGACAGUGCGGACACUAAUUCACUCGUAAACCAAAGAGCUUCUGAAACCUGUCGCCGAAUGCUGACAAAUGGCGCCCUAAACUCUACCAUGUACACCGCAGUGGGAAAAGCCUAUAACUCCCAUGCUCAUGGCAAGUGCGAAGUUUCCUGUGCCCCUGUGUCAGGCUACAAGACGCCAACAUUUACCAGGUUUGGUCUGAUGCCACAAGGUGCACCUUGUCCUGGAAUUCUUGACAGGAUGGACCUUAAAGAUUGGCCGCGGAGACAGGGGUACAGCGCAGGGUGUUUGGAUGGCUACUGCCAGUUGUUUGGCUGUGACGGUGUUAUGAAUGGCGGUACGUUUGACGAAUGUGGCGUCUGUAAUGGCGACGGGAUGUCGUGUGACGUCGUUGAGGGGACCUUUACAGAGUUAUCUACCGCUGGUUCGAGAAAAGUGAUUGCCCAGUUACCUGUUGGAGCAUACAACAUACAGUUCUGGUUUGAUUACCGAGCCAUGAAGCAAAACUUUCUCGAGGUAUACAGUAAGGAUGGUGCCGUUGUUCUGGCUAGCAUGAUAGGAAGCAGUUGGAUCUGGGACACAGGGCGCAACCCUGUAACGUUUGCUGGCACAUACUGGUACUACUUCUUUCAUGACCAGUUCCUGCACGCCAAGGGACCCAUCACGGAACCGGCCAUCAUCCAGCUUUUCCAAAAUAAAGAUUUUAACAACGUUGGUAUCCGUUUUGGAUAUUCUCUUCCAAAAUCUGCGAGUUCAUGCCACGGAACUUGCUCCAAUGGAGGGACGUUUAAUAGAAAUCUUUGUGCUUGUGAUUGCCCGAGAGGAUUUUAUGGCAAUGACUGCACCAGUCGCUGUAACACUUUCUGUUAUAACGGCGCGACAGUCGACCAAACAACGUGCGCCUGUCAGUGUAAGGAACACCAGACCGGAAGUAGAUGUAAAUGCCAGUCCGGAUACACUGGGAUCAAUUGUACAGAGCAUGUGUAAACUGAUCAAACCUAAAUUAAAUAAACAAUACUAUGUGUCACUAC